ACUGAAUGCAGACUAACAGAUCCGCUGGAGUCAGGACUAUCCACCGACUGACAACCAGCCAGCCAUGGGCCAGGAUUAUUACUCUGUGCUCCAGAUCACUCGCAAUUCAGAAGAUACCCAGAUCAAGAAUGCGUACCGGAAACUUGCCCUUAAGAACCACCCGUUGAGGUCCACUGAGACAUCCGCAGCGGAGGCAUUCAGGCAAAUAGCGGAGGCCUACGAUGUGCUGAGCGACCCUGUGAAAAGAGGCAUCUAUGACAAGUUCGGAGAGGAAGGCCUGAAGGGUGGAAUUCCUCUGGAGUUUGGAUCGCAGACCCCGUGGACAACUGGUUAUGUCUUCCACGGCAACCCGGAAAAGGUUUUCCAUGAGUUCUUCGGUGGAGAUAACCCCUUUAAUGCCACUGCCACCAGAGGACACUCCUCUCCUGAGGCAGCCAGAGUUGAGGAGCACUUCCCCAGAGAGUUUUUUGAUGCAGAAGGAAAUGAGGUGGACUUGAACUUUGGGGGACUCCGGGGCCGAGGGGUCAAGAAACAGGACCCCCCAAUCGAACGAGACCUCUACCUGUCCCUGGAGGACUUAUUCUUUGGCUGCACCAAGAAAAUUAAGAUCUCCCGAAGGGUGCUGAACGAGGAUGGGUACUCCUCUACCAUCAAGGACAAGAUCCUCACGAUUGACGUGAAGCCUGGUUGGAGGCAGGGCACACGUAUCACCUUCGAGAAGGAAGGGGACCAGGGUCCCAACAUCAUCCCAGCCGACGUCAUCUUCAUCGUAAAGGAGAAGCUACAUCCUCGCUUCCGCAGGGAGAACGACAACCUCUUUUUUGUGAACUCCAUCCCCUUGGGCAAGGCUCUGACCUGCUGCACCGUGGAGGUGAAGACCCUAGAUGACCGUCUGCUCAACAUCCCCAUCAAUGACAUCGUCCACCCCAAGUACUUCAAGAAGGUGCCAGGUGAGGGGAUGCCGUUGCCAGAGGACCCCACCAAGAAGGGGGACCUCUUCAUUUUCUUUGACAUCCAGUUCCCCACCCGCCUCACACCCCAGAAGAAGCAGAUGCUGCGCCAGGCGUUGCUGACAUAACUCUGGUGGGCUGCAGACUGGAGCAGGGGGCUGUGGAAACCAGAGGAGUGAAGCCGACUCUGCCCUGAGGCAGGACCCAGGUGGCAAGGUGGUGGUAGGUGCCCUGUUC